ACAGAUGGCAGGAGUCUGUCUCGAUGCUUUUAUAAUUUAUAGUACUUUUGGUAUAGAAUAGAUGAUUAUUAUCAUUCUUAUCAGUUGUAGACGCAGUACAGUCAUAGAACAAAAUUCAAAAUUGUACCUUUCUACAUGGCACCAUAUUAAAAUGUGGACAAACAAUGUUAUUAUUGAAUUUCUAAAUUUGUACGAAAAAGAGAGAUGCAUCUGGGAUCCACGAGACGAAAACCAUAAAAUCCAAAAUGUAGUCACUAAUGCUUGGGAUAGGAUAGCUCUUAGUUUAAGUGUCCCAUUUUCAGUAAUUGAAAUCAAAAAGAAAAAAGAUUCUUUAAUGGCUACAUAUAGAAAAUUAAACCGGAAAGUAAAAAAAAGCAAGAGGACUUCCAGGACAGAAUCAGGAUAUGAACACGUUUAUCAACCAGAUUGGUUUGCUUAUAGUCAAAUGAAUAAAUUUCUUCAUUCAAUCUAUUUGGUAAAAUCAACAACAUCACCAGAGGUUGACACUCGUAACGUUGCACAAUUAGAGGCUAGUACUAGUCAAAAUGCUGAUACUAAUGAAGAUUCAAAUGAAACACCAUUAGAGGCCAUUACCAACAGCAAACUACCCAACUUGAAAAAUUGGACUUCACCUUCUCUAAAUCGGCCUGUUAAACUAGUUACUGGGAAAAGAAAACGUAUUCCUGGGAGUAUGAAUAAAAUACAGCGGAGAAACCAGAAUCGUGUGUAUGAAGAAAAGUUGAAUUUAAUCCAGAUGGAAAAAAAGAUGACUAUGAUGCAAUUUGAGUGGGAAAGAGUUGAGCAUGAGCUAAGGGUUGAAGCAUUGAAGUUAGAUGUAGAAAUUAAAAAAAAAUCACUUGAUAUUUUAAAAUGAAUUGGGUUUAUAUCGUAUGACUUAGAUUCUGAGUGAGUGAUGAAUUUAUUGAUUUAUAUACGAAUAAUGUACAUAUUAUAGUAUACACGGACCAGUUACUGCCUAAAUUGUUCUAUUGUAAAACUAUAAUAUAUUUUAUUUAUUUAUCUAGUAGGUAAUAAAAAUUAUAAUUUUUUUUUAGAUUGGCCAAUAUUUUAAGUAUAAAUUUUCAUUACUUUGAUCAAAAUCUCAACAGUAAAAAAAAAGUUGCUUUAGUUAUUUAGGUUGUUUUGAUCAAAUAUAAAAUACAGUUGUAAAAUUAUAUCCAGUGGUCAGGAAUAGCGCGCUAAUUGUAGAGAUUGACGUAGCGUCGCUACAUUAUGCCUUAGAUAGCGAAAUACUAUAGCGCGCUAAACAUUUCCGGUUAGCAUAGCAAAAAUUAUCAUUAUUUUGCCGUUACCUAGUAGGGGUGUUAUUAAGGGAGGAAUCAUGUGGAUAGAUCCCCCCAAAACUUUUUUUACUGCUAACAUUUUGAUCAAAGUAUUGGCAAUACCAUUAAUGUUAGCUAAAAACGUAUAUCCCCCAAACCAAAUUCCUAAUUGCCCCACUGCUACCUACAAUCUAAUAUUCUAAUUGGUGAUUAUUAAAAUAUCAAUUAUGAUUAUAUUUGUUUAUUUAUAUUAUGAUAAUGAUGACUAUCAAUGAAUUUUUUGUCCUGGGUCCUGUUCAGUGACCAAAUGUCAAAUUAGUACAAACUACAAACACUAGUUUUCAAUAAGAACAUUUUUAAAAAAUGUAGCAAAAAGUAGCGCACUACAUUUAAAAAAAAGUAGCGAUAGCCAUAGCGAGCUACUUUUUAUGGAGGAGUAGCUGUAGAGUUACUGCGUCACAAAAACUAGUAGCGUCCUGACUACUGAUUAUAUCCAAUCAUAAUAGCUAUUUUAUUUAACAGGUAAUAUAAAAACUAUGAAAACCCUGUUUUGUUAAGAAUACUUUUCAAAUCUAUUCAGAAUACUUGAUGUCAUUGUAUUUGAAAUAUGUAUUCGAAUACUGAAAAAAGUACUUUUUUGUAGUAUAUUUAAAUUAUUAAUAAAUUCAUUCUUUAAU